AUGAACUAUUUCCAUACGGUGGACAUCCCUCUUAAUCGAACUCACUGGUUCAAGUGCCACAACUGCACACUAGACGUCCUGGACGAGAGCACUUUUAAUUUUCCUAAAAGAAAUAACAUCUCAGUAGUGGAUCUGCCCUACUGCGGAGUCCGAGUCUUGAGGAAAUACGCCUUUGAGAAUUUUUUCCUGAUGAAAGUUUUAGUUUUACAUAAUAAUAGCAUACAAAUAUUGGAGACGAUGUGUUUCAGCGGUAUUAAGAGAUUAGUGCAUUUGGAUCUGAGUACAAAUUACAUUAAGAUUUUGGCUAAUAAUUUAUUCUUAGAACUAGAGAAUUUGGAUAUACUAAAUCUAAGUAAUAAUCAGAUAGUUUAUAUAAAUUCGGAAGCUUUCUGUGGCUUGUCUAAUCUCAAAUAUCUCUACUUAAACUACAAUAAUCUUGAUAAAUUAGACGAGAACACCUUUCGACAUCUCCAGAACUUAAAAAUUCUUUAUUUGGAGCACAACCGAAUCCAUAAUAUUCACCCUAACGCUUUUAAUAAUUUAGGAAACCUCAACUUUUUGUAUAUUAGUCAUAACAGUAUUACAUACCUAGUUCAGUAUAAUUUUAAGCAGCUAACUAGUCUUUUAGAUUUGCAGCUAAGUUUUAACAAUAUAACAGAAAUUCAAACCAGCGCUUUUAAUGGUUUGAAGAAUCUAAGAUCUCUACAUUUAGGUAACAACUAUUUGGAAUCUAUCAAACCGUACGGUUUUGUGGGGUUAGAUAGUUUAGAAGUAUUAGAUUUAGUUAAUAACUUCUUCGACUUUAUUAAUUUCUUUGAUAGUUUUGGCCAUUUGGAAAAUUUAAGGUACUUGUGGCUGAACAGAAAUUUUAUUGGUAAUAUUACUUUUGACUAUAAAUACGAAGUACAAAAUGCAUUGUCUAUUCUUGAUAUUAGUGAGAACAAUUUAUCAAGCUUUAAUUUUACUCUGUUUUACAAAUAUUUGCCAAACGUUAGAGAAAUUGUUAUAGCUAAUAACUCGUGGGAUUGUGAUUUUUUUGUAGAGAUGUACAAGUUUUUUGAAGAGACUAACACCACCGUUUGUAUUACUAGUAAUUGUGACUUGAACGCUACCGAGGUUUAUACCGAUGAAAUAUGUGUUAAUUCUGACAUAGAAACUACAGAACGUGGCAAGGAAGAUAUUUCCAUGGAUUUUUCCACGGAUCAAAGCUACAAGCGUGAGUGUUCUUGGAGUAUUAUUUUGUUAUGUUUAGCAACAGUAUUAUUAGAAUAUGACGUACCAAGCUAG